ACUAAACUGAGUACUAAUUGUUCACCCAGUGUCUACUUGGGUUGUCCAAGAUGGCGACAGAUACUUUUAUGCAGUGAAGGUUCUACUGGUUUAUCAUGUAUUUUUCAAAGUUGUCUUAUAUUUUCUCAGAUUUAUUAACUGUAAACAGUUUACGGAAUUUAAAUUUUUUAUAAAUAACCACCAGUAUUUCAUGCAGUGUGGAUGUAGGUGGUGAAAAAGUGCUUUCAAGUUGUUCGGACGACAGUUCGACCUCGUACAGAAAGGCUCGAUAAAGUUCAUUAAUCCUCGUAAAAAAUCAUCGUUAUCAAAACCCGUAGUUUUAAUAGUGAAUAACACAAUCAGGGAACUUGUGGGUUCGUUAGGAGAGUGAAUAAAGUCGUUUCGUUUCAAGUAAAUAGCUCUAUUAAUUAUGGCCGAAACACAAAGAAUGCCAGUUUAUGGUCGACAUCCUCCUUGUGCAACUGGCUCCCGUUUAGAAGAACGUAGAGCUCGAAGACUUGCACUACGACUCGAAAAAAAUCGGAAGCCAGAAAAACCGGAGGACUUUGUGUGCUACGAGUCUAGCGACGAAGAUGAGGAAACUGUGACAGAAGGAAAACAAUACUUAAGAACUUCGUUUAAUUUUGUUGAUUAUGUACGAGCUAGAGAAAUGGAUUUAAAAGAAGUGAGAAAAAUCAAUCAAGAGUAUGGCUCACGUCACAUCCUCACCCAUGACCUAUUUAAAGAGUAUUCAGUUAGUUUAAAUAAUAUGAACAAGGUAUUUUGUUCACAAUGGUUAAGCGACAGACAAGUUGUAUUUGGAACCAAAUGCAAUAAAUUAAUGGUCUACGACGUGGCAACCCAAAAACUCGAUCAAAUACCAUCGCUACAUGGUAGACAAACAAAUCCAGCUGGUGCCGCUAUUCCUGAACAACAAUGUGGCAUUCAUUCUGUACAAAUAAAUCCCUCGAGAACAUUAUUAUCUACGGGAGCAAGAAACAGCAAUGAAAUAGCAAUAUAUAGACUACCUACUUUAGAUCCCGUUUGCGUUGGGGAAGGUGGUCACAGAGACUGGGUAUUUGAUAUGUGUUGGUUAGACGAUGAAUUCCUAGUUUCUGGAUCGAGGGAUACUAAAAUGUCGCUAUGGCGUAUCGAUAGUGAUUUAGCGGAUGCCCCGGAUAAGGCCGACGUCCCAACUCAUAGAUUAAUUCAACCUGUAUGUGUUAAAGAAUGUCGAUCGGCUCAGAAAGUGAGAGCUUUGGCAUUUAAUAAAGCGUAUAAAGAGAUAGCUGCGCUUUCUCUAAACAGUUUCAUUCACAUUUGGUCCGCUGAAACGUUUAAACAAAAAAUAUCAAGAAAAUUGCCAGCUUGUCAAGAAAAUGUUUGCUUGGCAGUUCAAGAUGACGGAGUUUACGCAGUUGGAUGUCGUUCGUAUACAUUGUUAUUAGAUGCAAGAACGUUACAACCAAUUAAAAAAAUACCAUCCAGGUACAGCGGCUGCGGUAUAAGAUCAGCGAGUUUUCAAGGAUCGGUAUUAACAAUUGGAACAGGCCUCGGCAUGUUAAUGUUCUAUGACGUCAGAGCACAAAAGUAUCUGGAAUCUUCUAUAAAUUCAAAUAGGACUGUAGUUUUAAAGGCUUCAAAGGGUUACGUAUUUCCCGAUGAAGAAUACGUCGACGGUUUUCAAAACGUUAAAUACACACCUGCAAUAUACACGCACUGUUACGACGCAUCGGGAACGCGUCUAUUCACUGCUGGUGGUCCUCUUCCUGCAAAUCUCUAUGGAAAUUACGCCGGACUAUGGCAAUGAGCCGAGUCAUAUUAAUUAGAAUUCUUGUUUUCUUCCUUCUCCCUACAAUUUUCUUAGGUAAAAAAAUUAUCUUAUUUAAAACUUACCGAUGUUAAUGCAUCGAGGCUUCACUACUAUCCGUAGACUUGAAAACUGUUGGUACAUUAUCAGAAUAAUUAGUUAAUUCAAAAAAACGAUAUAUACUUACAAUUCUACAAUUUUAAGAAGGAUUUUCAAAGUGUAUUGAAUCGUGGAGUUUGCUAGUGAAGUAUUAUAUGUAAGAAAAGACUUGGUAGGCCUGGUCAAAAAAUCCACGAACCUCGCCAAGCAUGAGACGGAAAGUCAUUUCCAUGCUUUAUUCAAUUUUUUAUACUAUUUAUAUUAGAUAAUGAAGUCGUGAGAAAAAAAAAAUCAUAUCUAUAAUAAUUAUAACGAGCAUUGUCAGAAUCGACUCCGCUUAAAAAAAAUGCUCAAACUUUUAAAUUAUGUGCAAUUUUUUUUUUCAACUGUUCUCUUUAAUCUUAUGACAUUUAUCUCCGAAUGAAAAAAAAAACAUUUUUGAGGAGAAGAAAUAAAACUAAAGAAUAACUUGAUGUUUCUUUUAUUCAGAGAAGCAAAAAAAAACAAAAUGUACUGAAAUAUAGUGUGAAAUAUUGAUUCAUACUCACCUGAAUGUAGGAGCAGCUGAACUCUGCUAAGUCUUUGGUUACAUUGGAUCACAUGCAAUUGACUGUCUGUGCUAUUAUUUAUAAGUUGAAAUAAUAUUUUCUAAGCAUAUAAAAACACAUCAUUAUCCUCUAAUGCCUAAGGAUUGUGAACAAAAAAUAAAUAAAUUAUUAAUAAUGAUGACAAUGAUAACAAAAAUAACAACAACAACAUUAAUAAUAAUAAUAAUAAAAUUAAUAAAAUUAAUAAUAAUAUUAGUAGUAAUAUUAGUAAUAAUAUUAGUAAAACCAACAAGCCGAUGUAUAGUUAGAAAUCAAUAAUUACUAGAAUACAACCGUUCAUUUUCCCAUUCUCACAGUCUCAUACAGAGAAAAUAGAUCAGAUGAUAAAUUCAAAUUUGUUACAAAGAACCAAAAACAGAAGAUCGAGAUUAAAAAGAAAGAAAACGAAACAAAACGAUCAUAAAUUUUACAACAUACGUUACACUAGAGAUGAGAGUAA